AUGGUUCUCUCCCGAACCCACUACAUUCUCAUUAUGGACCACGCUGAGCCGGACACCCAGACCACCGCCGAAGAACACGGCCAGCAGCUCUCCACCCUCCUCAGCGCACUCGCACCCAUCCCAUCCCACCAGCACCCCCACAAACGACCGAAGCUAACCAGCCAGCACAACUCAGCCCCCAGCCAACCACCAACCGAAGCAGCAGCCCAGCCCACCUUCGCUCAAGCCCUACCCGCGCUCCAGAAAAUCAUCCAACGCCCCGGCUUGCUCGAUAAAAUCCAGCAGAUCAAGGAGGAUCAGGACCAGUUCGAGCUGCGGGCAAUCGAUCAACGCAACCAAAUCCAAGCCGAACUCGACCGGACGAUCAAGAAAUUAAGCAAAACAUCGCCUGCAGACUCAUCCAAUAGGGUCAAGCACGAAGCUCAAAUCGAGAAGCUGAAGGCCGAAACCAAAUCUAAACUGGGCGUAUUGGAUCGAUCACUCUUGUCACGAUGGGAUCAACUGAAACUCUCUCAACUGCUUGCACUCAAAAACUUGAACGUUCCCACGUUUGAUGAUCAAUCUGAGAAUCAAUUGGCCCCAGAUCAUCAUAACAUCCAUCAGCAACAGCUAGUCAUCGAUUUCCUGAUCAAAGCUGUCAACGACCGCCCAUCAGAAUAG